AUGAAGAUUUCUAUGUUUUUAUCUUUACUGGUAAUCACAUUAGCUACCGUUAUUUCCAUUGUGAUAAUCACAUUUUAUCUCAUCAACGAAGACCAUAGAAUUAUUCAGCCAGUGCCUCCAAGUAAAUGGGAAAGAUUUUUCCCAUUUUCACAAAAAAGGAAACACGUAGUUCAUGCACAGCCAUUCGAUGUUGCUACUUUGGAACAAAACAUAAACAAGUCAUUCGAUUACAAGCAAUUAAUGGCUGACAUAAACAAUGCUAAAGUGGACCAGGCAGACCCACACUUAGUUCAACUCAUAAGGGAAUAUUAUAUCGAGCCACCAUCUUUGGAACCGUACAACUUGGAUAAACCUGACAAGUUAGAAUACUCGAACGGACAAACUCCUGUGGUUGACAGCAGACUCAACUACAUAGAAGGUGGGUUUUACAUUGAAUGUGGAGGACUGGACGGAGAAAAGGGGUCAAACACACUUUUCUUUGAGAAAGUGAGGAAAUGGAAUGGACUUUUGAUUGAAGGCGAUCCAUCCAACUACGCCAUGUUGAAGUCCAAACAUAGAAAAGCAUUUACCAUGAACGCCUGUCUGUAUCCCUACACAUACCCCGCUCGGGUGAAUUAUCAUCAAGGCUUUAACUUGGGCAGAAUCAUACACGAAAGUUCUGUGAGUGCCUGGAGCAAACGCAAGGGUGUGAAGGCGGUUCCCAUCGAGGUGCAGUGCUUUCCACUCUACUCUAUACUUCUGGCCAUCAACCGGACAACAGUCGACUUCUUCAGUCUGGACAUCGAAGGAGACGAAUUGGGAGUCCUCAAGACAAUACCGUUUCAUAAAGUUGACAUCAGAAUGUUAGCUGUUGAGUUUUCGCAUGGACCAAGUGGAUAUUCUGGUAUGCAAAGAUACAUGGAAAGAAAUGGAUACGAAACUAUAUUGAAAGUCUCGCGUGAUGAUUGGGGUGUGAACGACCUCAUUUUCAAGAAAAAAGAACACCAACGCUAA